AAUUUUGCUUCAAAUAAAGAAAAAAAUCCGUGAAAAAAAGUGUUGUGCUUUAGAUAAAAUUCCCCGUGGCAUGCAGAAAUCCCCGUGAGGCACUUCCGGAGCAAGUGAGAUAGAAAUCAUCGUGAAAAUUUGCGUGGAAAAGGUAAAAAGAUGCAUACCGUAUGUUGCUGAGGAGUUGAACCAUAUGUCCGGACUGCUGUGGCUCUCUGACGCGCGAUAGUGAGCAAUCCGUGGUACCUGUGACCAGAUGACGUAGGGCAGCAAUGCGGGAGACACGCUACGAGAGACUCCAGGCAGCUGACAGCAAUGACGCAGAGGCUGAUGCAGCCCCACAGAUUGUCCCUGAUGCGGGAUUGGAGACAAAAACCGUGUCCGGAUCGGAACUUCUGCCCACGGGGAAGAUGACACUGACGCAGACAGCUCUGUUGAGCCUCUGUCUCAUCCUCAUGUACUUUGCCCUAUCAAUCGGGUUGACCUUCUACCAGAGAUCUCUGCUGCAAUCCAUCAAAUUCCCCCUAAGUGUGGUGCUGUACCAUCUUCUUAUCAAGCUUUUCCUCUCCGGAGUCAUUCGGUGUGUGUACAAAGUCAUCACGGGGCGCUCGAGGGUGAUGCUCAACUGCCGGAGUCAUCUGAAGAUUAUGCCACCGGGAAUUGCCAGUGGGCUGGAUAUUGGCUUCUCCAAUUGGGGCCUGGAGCUCGUUAACAUCUCACUCUACACAAUGGCCAAAUCCACGACGAUUGUCUUCAUCUUGAUCUUUGGCAUCCUCCUGGGCCUGGAGAAGCGCAGCUGGUCCCUCGUGGCCAUUGUUGUGCUCAUCUCUGGGGGACUCUUCAUGUUCACGUACAAAUCCGUGGACUUUGAUGCUCUUGGCUUUAUUUUCCUGCUCUUUGCAUCCCUCUCAUCGGGCAUCCGGUGGUCCUUUGCGCAGCUCCUCAUGCAGAAAUCCAAACUUGGGCUGCACAAUCCCAUCGAUAUGAUCUACUACAUGCAACCCUGGAUGCUCCUGGCUGUCCUUCCGGUCACACUGGGCUUCGAGGGGAGGAAGAUCAUCGAGGAAUGGCCCACAGUGGCAGCUGCUACGACGGAUGAGGUCAUCGUGCUGUGGCUCAAGGUCACCGUGGGGGCUGUUGUGGCAUUCGCAAUGGAAUUCAGUGAAUUCCUCGUGCUCUCCUUCACUUCCAGCCUCACCCUGUCCGUGGCGGGAAUCUUCAAGGAGAUCUGCCAAAUUGUACUGGCCGUGGAGGCGAAUGGGGAUCAGCUGUCGCUCCACAACAUCCUGGGGCUUGUUCUGUGCCUCGCUGGCAUUUGCUGCCAUGUCGGUCACAAGUAUUGGCUCUUCUCCACGGGUGGUGUGUCCGGAAGUCCCACAGGCGAAGGGAAGGUGGCAUAUGAGGCUGAAACGGAGAUCGCCACGGCGUCCACGGGGGCCCUACAGCAGCCACUACUUGAUUCGGACACAUCCGAAGAUUCCGACGCCCCUGGGGCACGUGAACGACGCACAUCUGAAGUGAUCUUUGACGUCAUCAAGCGUCGAGAUCCCAGAAGAUAGAAGGAAAAUAAUGACGAAAAAAAUUCAAGGAAGGCUCCAGAAGGUUCUUAUUCUCAAUCUCCGGAAAUUUUUUUUUUAGCAUUUUACAUGCAUUUCUAGUCGCUUUAAAAAUAUUCUAAUUUUUCCUUGAAUGUAAAGGAAGUUAUUCUACUUACAAGACAUGAAAAAACCAGUAAAAAUAUUUUUAUUUUUGAACAUAUUUACAAAUGAUUUUUCAAUGAAAAAUUCCUGAAAAAAAGGAGAGAAAAUUAAUGAAAAAAUCAAAGGGAAUUUUUUGGAUGAAUUUUUGAUAGAAUUUUUGUACAUUCCGGAAUUUCCGGAACUUCCGGACAAUUUAAUAUUUAUGAAGAAAAUGAAAUAUUGAAUUAAAAAGUUUUAUGAAGAAUUUUUAUGCAUUUUUUUAACUCUGAAAUUUCCGGAACUUCCGGAAAUUUUUUAUUCGUGAAAACAAUGAAAUGUAUCAGUUUAAAAAAUUCAAAGAAGAACUUUUAUUAAUUUUUACACAUUCCGGAAUUUCCGGAAAAAUAGUAUUUAGAGUAAUUUCUACGUAUAUUCGUUCAUUUGAACAAAAUAUUGAUUUACGGAGAAUUUCUAUGCAGUUUUGAAUAUUCCGGAACUUCCGAAAUUCCGAAAAGUCUAAAAAGAUUUACAAAUUCCAAGGAGAUUGAGAAUCAAAUCUCAAAGUCUAUGAGUCACAUAAAAAUGGGAACUUUAUCACAUUCCGGGAGCAGAAAAAUAUAAAACGAUGCAGGAAAUAUUUUUCAAGGAUUUUGUGGUCUUUUUCACAUGCACUUGGUCAUUAUACUUCUCAAGUCUUUUUUUUUCUGGGGACUUGACCUUUUUAUAUGAAAUGAAAUCUUAGAUAGAAUUUUGUCUCUUUUUUCGUGAUAAAAUUGCGUGUUUGCAAGGAAAUAUUUUAAGAAAACAAAAACUAAUGUAUAAAUGUAAUCACAACGUGUUGUCAUGUAAGAACUUUAUUAUCAAAAUCAAUACUUAUUUUAAAGAAAAAGGUAAAAAAAAAACUUGUAAUUAUUGUUAAAAGAAAAUCUUAAUGUACAUGUGAAUGAAAAUUAAAGGAAAUUAUUCCUUAAA